CUUAUCACUUCAAAUCAAUACCAGCGGGAGAAACCAACCAUCACUGCUAAACACGGCCAAUACAGGGUGAUAUAAAACCUCCAAACUAGUACAUCUUCGAGUUCAGUAGUGCCGUCGAAGUGGGCCAGUGGAGUGAGUGAGUGAAGAUGAAAUCGGUAGUGUCUGUAGUGUUUCUAAUUUCGGUGCUGGCCAGCGUCCUUGCGGCGCCCCGAACCGAAACGCGGAUCGUUGGUGGCCAGGAUACGACCAUUGACCAGCAUCCUUAUCAGGUUUCGCUCCGCCGACUUGGUACUCAUACCUGUGGGGGAUCGAUUCUCAGUAUCAGUACGGUGUUGACAGCGGCCCACUGCGUCUACUAUACAAAUGCAGAAGCUACCGAUUUUUCAAUUCGUGUCGGAUCAACGCUGCGUAACGAGGGAGGUCAGCUGAUUACCGUUGGCGAGCUAAUUAUUCACCCAAAUUAUGAUGAUUGGACUUUGGAGUGGGACAUUUCUGUCCUGAAGUUGGCGGUGAAUUUGGUUCUAGGAGAAAUGGUUGCACCGAUUGCUUUGCCCAACAACAAUCUGAAGGUUUCUCACGGAACCAUUGCAUCCAUUGCUGGAUGGGGAUCACUCUAUUACCAAGGACCCAGUACUAACCACCUACAGCAGGUGUCGGUGCCUAUUGUGGAUAACGCCAUGUGCAGCGUAGCUUAUCAGAACUUUGGAUCGAUCUGGCCAUUCCACCUGUGUGCCGGUGCCGCCGGAAUCGAUGCCUGCCAAGGCGACUCAGGUGGUCCAUUGGUGUUGAACAACGAAGUCAUCGGAGUCGUGUCCUGGGGCUAUGGAUGUGCGUUCAAUGGUUAUCCGACAGUCUAUACUCGUGUUUCUGAGUUUGUCGAUUUCAUCAGAGAGCAUAUGUAAUAUAAGUCUAACGGAGUUUACUGAUUAAAUAAAAUAAAAUGAUGCCCUUCUGUGAUA